GGUAGCAGUGACACUGGUUGUGGUGGAGCCACGCAGGGAGGACAUCUGCGAGGAUGAACUCAGCACUGCUGAUCUCCUUGCUGGGGCUGGUCUGGGUGAAUCAUGCCCAAAGCAAUGUUCCCUUCAAGAGGAGCUUUAAUUUAAAUAAGUUUAAAGGCUUCUGGUACGUACUUGGAAUGGCAACAAAUUCGGAACGGUUUAUGGAGCCGAAGGGAUUGAAGAAGAUGGCGGGUACCAUUGUUUCCACCAAGAACGGCCAAAUGGGAUUUAAGUUUUCCUAUCACCUGAAAACCAAGUGCAAGGUAGAAAACGUAUAUGGGAGAGAAAUAUCACGUGGGAAAUAUCAUUUUCCUGGGAACAGAGAUGUGUACAUAAUAGAGACGGAUUAUCAAGAUUAUGCCUUGAUGUACCUAACUGCGGUUUUGGAUGGCAAAGUCCACAGAGCAUUGUUGUUCUACAGUCGGACUAGGGAUCCAACCAGCAAAGGAAAGAAGAAAUUCAGAGAAAUCAGCAAGUCAGACUUCUUCAAGUUCCAGAAUGAUCAGAUUAUCAUGCUUGUUAACUCUGAUGAUUGCAUCAACGUGCUCUACCAGUAGUAGAGGAGCCUUCAGACGCUGCAGAAGAUACACCAGGAUCCAGGAGAGAAGCCCUGAUCCACAUCGUCCCAGACCCAGCUAUCCAUCUCAGAAACCUCUUCAGUCUGCAGGAACCCCCGUUCUUUCUACCUUCCCAGUUUGGGAUUUUCUCUAAAGAAUCUUGGCUAGAAAUCUCUUAUCAGUGCUAAAUAAACUCGCAUUCAAAUUUU